AUGAUGCCUGCGAAGCGCCCGCCGCCCUCGGGGGCCACGCCGGGCGGCACUCCAAAGCAUCCCAAGACUGAGCACCAGAGCUCCGACGACUUCAGCAACAGCGUCAAGAAGAAACUGUCCGCCUCGACGCGCACCGGCCAGGCAUGCGACCGCUGCAAGGUUCGCAAGAUCCGCUGUGACGGCCGCCCCGGCGGCUGCUCGCCCUGCGUGCAGAACAACACCGAGUGCAAGACCACCGACCGCAUCACCGGCCGCGCCACCACCCGUGGCCACACCGAGGCCCUCGAGUACGAGAACAAUCAGCUCAAGGGCGCCGUAUACGCCCUGCAGCAGCAGCUGAAGGAGCUUGGAGUCGAGCCGCGAGUCCCCUCGGGCUCGCAGCCUCCCGCGACCGGCUUCACUCCCAGUCCUCUCCCUACACAGAGCUCGUCGUGGCAGAAUGGCCUCUCCGACAGCCAGACAUGGGGCUCCACGCCCCCAGCGCCCUCGGCCGCCUCCUUAUCCGUUUCCAAUUACCCACACAUGACCGACACAAACGGCGCAGCGCGCGACGGCGAGACAGCCCACUUCCGUGGCCCCAACCUGCCCACCUUCCGAGCAGGUCUCCACGGUGACAACUACCUGGGCGUGUCGUCCGCGAACUCGGUCCUCAGCCCAAUCAAGGGAACGUCGUUAUCUUUCUUCGGCAUGGAAAUUGACUUGAAUGACUUCGUCCCGGACGAUGUCGAGGACCUCAGCAAUCCUGUCUCGUACCAGCACUUCCUUGCCGUCGCGCUGAACGCGCCUGGUUGCCCGCGGCCGAAAAAGGAGGAGCUUCCGGCAAGCUACAGCGAGUGCGCCACGUACGCCACGUGGUAUUUCCGUGGCUUGCACCCCUACGCCCCGGUCUUGUACAAGCCGCAUUUCAUGGAUCUGUUAUCACGCGUUUACAGCGAUCCCAGCUAUCAAAUGACGCCCGCCGAAGAAGUCCAGGUUCAGAUGGUCCUGGCUUUCAUCAAGUACCAGUUUUCUGCUCGCAAUGGCAAUGCCGAGUCGUUGAAGCAGGCACACGCUCACUACCGCUACGCGUUAAGCUUUUUCUAUACCCUGGUUAACAGCCACACCAUUGCCGAUGUUCAGGCUUUGGUGAUGAUUUGUCUUCAUCUUCGUAACUUCCCUAAGCCCAGCGCCACUUGGCUUAUGUCCUCUAUGACCUUCAUGAUUUCCGUUGAAUUGGGCCUGCACAGGUCCGCAAAAGCUUGGACAGACCUGGGACCGAAGAGGGAUCCCGUUGAAAUUGAGACGAGGAAGCGCGUCUUCUGGGUGCUCCACGGGUUGUACGUUGCGCUCUGCGGAAGGCUGGGCCGGCCUAUGCCUCUGCGUAUGGAGGAUAUUGACGUCGAGUUUCCGGAACCCAUUCACGACUACCUCCCUUCGGAAACCAACCUGAGCGAGUUCCGCAAGUGCUCGUUCCACGUCGGCCUUCAGGUCAUCCGAAUCACGACGAUCCACUCUGAGAUGUAUAGUACGAUUCACGCAGUGAGACAAAAUCCUGAGUACUACAUCACGCAUCUCCGAAGACUGGAAGACGAGCACCGCAAAUGGAGAGAGCAGAUACCCAUGGAGCUGAGGGAAGGGUCACGGGCGGAUUCGGAGGAUUACAUCUUCUCACUUUACGUCCAGUUCUGGGAUCAUGAGCUCAACCUGAUGCUUCAUCACCCGGCCAUGUGUCGUUCGAGGGAUCCCGAGCUCAUCAACUCCAACAUGACCAUUUGCCUCCAAGCUACGACGAAAAUGGUUCGCUGUCUUGAUGAGCUGAGGAAAUACAAGUGUCUGGAUGCCCCGUGGGUGAACUGCACGGCCUAUCUAGCGGCCAUGUUGACUACCCUCUUUGUGUACUCGCACCGCAAGGACGAAAUCACUUCUUCAGAGAUGGCCAAGCUCAAGGGCGAGAUGGACAUGUGGUGCAUGAUCAUGGACGAGUGCGGCACGAUUCUUGGGUCUGGAAAGCGGCUCGAGAAAGCCUGCCGAUCGAUCAUCGAUCAUACGCUCUCGAACAUCAACCAUCAUCUUGCCAAGAAGACGGCGUCUGCAGCUUCAGCAGUUGCAGCCAACGUGCUGAAGACGGAGCCAGAUGUCUCGCCACGCCAGGAACCCACUGCCACGACACCGUAUCCUAAUCCCAACACGACCCAGACGGGGAUGUCAACGUACCAGAAUGGCACAUCUGGCUACGAUCAAACCCAGUACAGCGUUCCGGGAUCCGACAUGAACGCGGUGCAUGCAGCAGCGGCGGCUUCAGCAGCAACGCAGGACUCCAGCGCAGCUUUCACGUAUCCACCAGGAAGCCACGGGUCGUUUGGGCAAGCGCAGAACCAGAGUGACGCAUGGCGGCAGUGGAUGAUGAGCAACGUUGGACCGCAAGAUUACCACCAUGCCUCGACGCUAAUGGCAUUGGGUCACACGACUGGGCGUGACAGUGCCGUGUCAACCGGGCCGGAGGACAAUCAAGGGAUUCCCGCAGAUAUGCACGCCAUCGCGGUCAAUGGGCUCCACUCGCCUCACCCUGCGGUGAGCGCGGCAGCAGUGGCACAAGCAGCGCAUUCACAGGCACAGCUGUGGCCGCUGAUGCUCUUCGACAUUGGUCAGCAGGGCGGACCAAACGUGACGCAAUGA